AAACUCUUCUCGUCUCUACGACUGUGUCUUCUAUUCCACACACUCCUUGAGAGUCUGAAACCGAUGGAAAGGCAGAUCACCUUUUUCUCUGUAGAAACUGCCAGACUUCUUCUGCAAUCCUAGAAUAUUCUCUCUCUCUCCUAUUUUCUCUCUCCUGGCGCUUCUAGUUUUGAUCAUUUACGCACAGUAGAUGUUCGAAUUUUUGCGGCAACGAAAUUUUUUGGUUUUAUUGUUUGAUUUUAUUGCAGUUUGAUCGACGAAGAUUGAAGGAAGAUGUUGGAGGAUCAGGUAGCGUAUUUACUGCAAAGGUAUUUGGGGAAUUAUGUCAGAGGUCUCAACAAAGAAGCUCUCAAAAUCAGCGUUUGGAAUGGUGAUGUGGAGCUAACUAACAUGCAACUAAAGCCUGAGGCACUUAAUGCACUAAAGUUACCCAUCAAAGUUAAGGCAGGGUUCCUUGGAUCUGUCAAACUCAAGGUUCCUUGGAGUAGACUUGGCCAAGAUCCAGUCAUAGUUCACCUUGACAGAAUCUUUUUGUUAGCUGAACCUGCCACACGUGUUGAUGGAGGCAGUGAAGAUACGUUACAGGAGGCCAAAAGAAAUCGAAUACAUGAGAUGGAAACGAAGUUGUUGGAAAGAGCAGAACGUUUUAAGGCUGAAGAAGUGAAUCAAUCUUGGUUAGGGUCACUGAUUAGCACUAUAAUUGGAAAUCUGAAGCUUUCAAUUUCAAAUAUACACAUCAGAUAUGAAGAUGGUGAAAGCCAUGUUAGCCACCCGUUUGCAGCUGGUGUGACCUUGGAUAAACUUUCAGCUUUCACUGUUGAUGACAACGGGGAUGAAACUUUUGUUACUGGGGGUGCAUUAGACAAUAUCCAGAAGUCUGUGGAACUGGAGCGUUUAGCUUUCUAUUUCGAUUCUGAUAUUUCUCCAUGGCGUCUUGACAAACAAUGGGAAGAUUUGCUUCCUUCUGAAUGGUCUCAGGUUUUCAAGUUUGGCACAAAAGAUGGUGAAAUGGCUAGGAGUCAUGUAGAUAAACAUAGUUACAUUCUGGAACCAGUAUCUGGAAAUGCGAAGUACUUAAAACUGCGGACAGAUGAUACUCAUGUCGUAAAUCAACCUUUGCAAAAGGCAGUUGUAAACUUGGAUGAUGUGACAAUUUCUUUAUCGAAGAAUGGCUACAGAGAUAUGCUGAAGUUAGCAGACAAUUUCGCUGCUUUUAAUGAACGUCUGAAGUAUGCCCACUAUCGCCCAAAUGUCCCAGUGAAUAUCAAUCCUGGGUCCUGGUGGAAAUAUGCAUUCAAUGUUGUGUCAGAUCGAAUGAAGAGGGCUAGUGGAAAACUAUCUUGGGAUGAGGUCCUGAAAUUUGCGAGGCUAAGGAAGAAAUAUAUUUCUUUGUAUGCUUCACUGCUAAAAUCAAAUCCAAGUCAGGCGGUGAUUGAUGGCAAUGAAGAAAUCGGAAAAUUAGACCGUGAACUUGAUAUUGAUCUCAUUGUGCAGUGGAGGAUGGUUGCUCAUAAGUUCGUUGAGCAGUCCAUAGAAUCCGACUUGAGGAAACAACGAGAAAAGAAGUCGUGGUGGUCAUUUGGGUGGGGUAGUGAGUCAUUUCAAGCUGAGACCGAAACAUUACAGUUCACUGAUGAAGAUUGGGAACGUGUGAAUAAAAUCAUAAGGUACAAGGAAGGUGAUGCAGGACAACUUCGUGAUGCCAGAAAGGAUGUGAUACAUACUGCAUUUGAACUCUACAUGAGACGCAAUGCGACAAAGUUGAUUGAUAUCGAUGAAUGUGUCGCUGAAUUGUCUUGCGAGAGCCUAAAGUGUUCCGGUAGUCUGUAUGCAGAGUCAAAGAUUUUAAAUUUGAAGUUGGGAUCAUAUCAUCUGACAUCACCAUGCGGAAUUUUAGCUGAGAGUGCCACUGCCCAUGAUUCUUUAGCCGGUACCUUUGUUUACAAGCCUUUUGAUGUGGAGGUUGACUGGAGUUUCAUUGCCAAAGCUUCUCCGUGUUAUGCGACUUAUCUCAAAGAUUCCAUCGAUCAGAUUGUGAAGUUCUUUGAGAGCACCACUGUCAGUCAGACAUUAGCUGUAGAGACUGCAGCUGCUGUUCAGAUGACUAUUGAUGAAAUGAAACGGACUGCACAAGAGCAAAUGUCUAGGGCUCUGAGAGACCAGAGCAGGUUUCUGCUCGACCUGGAUAUUGCUGCUCCCAAGAUUACUAUUCCUACUGAGUUUUGUCCAGAUGGUGUUCAUCCAACAAAACUCUUGCUUGACUUGGGGAAUCUGAUAAUACGUACUAAGGAUGACCGUGGAUCAGAUUCACCUGAAAUCACGAACUUGUACCUUCAAUUUGAUAUGGUGCUCAGUGAUGUAUCUGCUUUCCUGGUGGAUGGUGAAUACGGCUGGGCGGAGACCUCUUUGGGUGGACAUCCUGGUUCUUCCAAGAUGUCUGGUGCAGUUAUGUUGCCUGUUAUGGACAAAUGUGGUGUGGUUCUUAGGCUUCAACAGAUGAGGCUAGAGAAUCCAUCAUAUCCAUCUAUGAGAGUGGCAGUUCGGGUGCCAUCAUUGGGAUUCCACUUCUCCCCAGCUCGCUACCAUCGCUUGAUGCAAGUAGCAAAGAUAUUUGUGGAGAAUAACAAGAAUGCUGAACCUUUGUGCCCUUGGAAGCAAGCUGAUUUUGAGGGCUGGCUGUUUCUUUUGACCUGGAAGGGAGUUGGAAACAGGGAGGCUGUUUGGCAGCGAAGAUACUUCUGUUUAGUUGGGCCAUUUCUCUACAUGCUAGAGAACCCAGACUCCAAAACCUACAAACAGUAUCUAAGUUUGAGAGGGAAGCAGCUGUAUAAGGUGCCUGCGAAGAUGGUUGGUGACGAAGAACACAUACUUGCUAUAUGUGAUUCUACACGUAUCCAAGCCCUGGGCAAGGUUGUUGAACAAGCAAAUGCGUUGAUUUUGCGCUUUGAUUCUGAUGAUUCUGAACGUGUUUGGCAUACUAGCUUGCGAAGUGCUGUAUAUCGUGCAUCAAUUUCAGCUCAAAUUAGUACUUUGUCUGAAUCUUCAUCGGAUGCUGAAAACUCGGAAUCUGAGGCUGUUGAGCACGAUGGUGCUGUCAAUGUUAUAAACAUGGAGAAAAUAUUUGUUACUGGUGUUUUGGAUGAGUUAAAAAUCUGCUUCAACUAUAACCAGGAGUAUGACCAGAGUUUUAUGAAGAUGCUGCUAUCUGAAGAGAAGCAUUUGUUCGACUUUCGAGCUGUUGGUGGUCUGGUGGAGAUUGCGAUUCAGGAAAAUGAUAUGUUCAUAGGAACACUUUUGAAAUCCUUGGAGAUAGAAGAUUUAGUAUGUGGUGGAACAUCUAAACGCUGUUAUCUGGCUAGGUCAUUCAUCCGAGGCCCUGAUGUUAGCAUGAUUUCUGAAGAAAGCAGGCAGAGUAGUAAUGGUGAUUUCUCUGCUGAAGGUGAUGACAAAUUUUAUGAGGCUCCAGAGACUUUUCCAGAGAGUGACUUUACUAUCCCUGAAGUAUCAGCUUUCAAACCUCCCAGCUUUAUUAGGGUCCCUGGCCUUCUGCCCGAUAGCUCCUUCCAUUCUACAGCAGAGAAACCCGGGGAGACAGAUGAGUUGGGAAGUUUUGUUAAAGCACAAAUAGUUAUCUAUGAUCAGAAAUCUCCUGUUUAUAGUAAAACAGAUAAUAUGGUUGUGGUGACCCUUGCCACCUUAUCGUUUUUCUGUCGUAGGCCUACACUAGCUGCAGUUAUGGACUUUAUGAGUGGUAUUAAUGUUGAGGAUGCAAGUUGCGAAUCUUUCAGUGAUAGCUCACCAGUGGCGACUCAACAGCUUGAAAUCCCUAUUGAAGUUGUUGAUCUACAAAAUGCAACUGUUGUUGCAGAGUCUGUUGCCAAAGGUCUUUUAGGAAAGGGAAAAUCCAGAAUCAUUUUGUACUUAGUCUUGAAUAUGGCACGUGCCCAAAUAGUUCUUGUGAAGGAAGAUGAGACUAAGCUUGCUACUUUGUCACAAGAUAAUUUCCUCACUGAUAUUAAGGUGUUCCCUUCUUCAUUCAGUGUCAAAGCUGCCAUUGGUAAUCUAAGAAUAAGUGAUGACAGUCUUUCUCCGGAGCACUUCUAUUUUUGGGCCUGUAACAUGAGAAACCCAGGGGGAAGUUCAUUCGUAGAGAUGUCUUUCUCAUCGUAUAACCCUGAUGACGAUGAUUAUGAGGGAUAUGACUAUAGCCUCUUUGGACAGCUUUCUGAAGUGAGGAUUGUGUUCUUGAACCGCUUUGUCCAGGAGGUAGUUAGUUACUUUGUGGGUCUUGCUCCAAGCACUUCAGAUGGUGUUGUCAAAUUGAGAGAUCAGGUCACUGAUUCUGAGAAGUGGUUUACUACUAGUGAAAUUGAUGGCUCACCUGCUAUGAAGCUGGAUUUAUCGCUAACAAGGCCAAUAAUUAUAAUGCCUCGGAGAACAGACAGUCUCGACUUCCUGCAGCUUGAUGUUGUGCAUAUAACUGUCCAGAAUACCUUCCAGUGGUUUAAUGGCAGCAAACAUGAAAUGCAUGCUGUUCACAUGGAAACAUUGACUCUUAAGGUUGAAGACAUCAACUUGAAUGUUGGAACUGGAAAAGAAUUGGGGGACAGCAUAAUCCAGGAUGUCAAUGGAUUGUCCAUUGUUCUACGGCGAUCACUACGAGAUUUGUUACAUCAAAUUCCAAGCGUAGAAGCAACAAUAGAGAUGAAUGUACUGAAAGCUUCUUUAUCCAACAAAGAAUAUCAGAUUAUUACGGAAUGUGCACAAUCUAAUUUGUCAGAGACUCCAAUGAUUGUGCCUCCACUGCAAUGGAAUAAAAAGACGCCCUCCGUUGACAUGGUUGAGUCUGCUACCACUUUGGAUUUAGGACCUACUGAAGCCAAAUCUCAUACUGGCGAGGUCUGGAUCAGCAUGAAAGUCAUUGUUGUUGUUGAUUUAGUGGAAUUGAGCUUACAUUCAGGUGCAGCAAGAGAUGCUCCACUUGGAACUGUGCAGAUCAACAACGCAUGGGUCCUUUACACAUCUACGACAGCUGGAGAAAAUGUUCUAUCUGUUACGCUCCAGAGUUUCAAUGUCUUAGAUGAUCGUGAGGGUACACGGGAACAGUUUAGACUGGCAAUUGGGCAGCCAAAGAGCAUUGAGUGCAGUUCUUUAGGUUUUGAGAAUGAAUUCGGGCAGAUAGAUGCUACAAUGCUCAUUGUUGAUGCGAAGUUCAAUGACGAGUCGUCAUUUAUUUGUUUGUGUUUACAAAGGCCUCAAUUGCUUGUUGCACUUGAUUUUCUACUAGCAGUUAUUGAAUUUUUUGUACCAACAGUUCGUGGCAUUCUUUCAAAUGAAGAGGAUGACAUGCCCAUGAGUUUAGUUGAUGCAAUCAUUUUGGAUGAGUCUACCUACAGCCAACCUUCUGUUGAAUGUUCAAUCUCUCCUCAACGACCUCUAAUUAUUGAUGAUGUAAAAUUUGAUCAUUAUGUCUAUGAUGGCAAUGGUGGGACAUUAUUUCUAAAAGAUAGGCAAGGUUCUGUUCUUUCAUCUUCCAACACGGAAGCUAUAAUCUAUAUUGGAGACGGAAAAAGAUUGCAAUUCAAAAAUGUUGUCAUUAAGGAUGGGCGGUAUUUGGACUCUUGUGUAGUAUUUGGAGCCAAUAGUAGUUAUUCAGUUUCCGAGGCUGAUCAUGUUGUUUUGGAGUAUGAAGAUGAACCUUCACAAGAUCUUUCUGGAGAUUGUCAAGUUACAGAGCACCAAACUAGUGAAACUGCCAAGCUUUCAGAAUUCAUAAUUGAGUUGCAGGCAAUCAGUCCCGAGCUUACUUUCUAUAGCUCAUCAAAAGAUGUGGGGAACUCGGCUAAUCUGUCCAACAAACUGCUGUAUGCUGAGCUGGAUGCAUUCUCCAGGAUUGUGUUAAAGGGUGAAACUUUGGAAAUGACUGCAAAUAUACUUGGAUUGACAAUGGAGAGCAGUGGAGUCAGAAUUUUGGAGCCGUUUGAUACAUCUAUCAAGUUUUCAAAAGUUGCUGGAGAGACAAACAUACACCUCUCAGCUUCUGAUAUAUUUAUGAAUUUUUCAUUCAGUAUCUUGCGACUUUUUUUGGCUGUUCAAGAAGAUAUCUUGUCCUUCUUAAGAAUCACAUCAAGGAAGAUGACAGUCAGUUGUUCCGAGUUUGACAAAGUAGCAGUAGUGGAAUACCCCAAGAACGACCACAUUUUUGCCUUUUGGAGACCUCGUGCACCCCCUGGAUUUGUUGUUCUUGGUGACUAUUUGACUCCAAUAGACAAGCCACCUACCAAGGCAGUUCUUGCAGUAAAUAAGAAUCUUGUAAAACUUAAGAGACCCGAGUCCUUCAAAUUGAUAUGGCCACGUAUUAAAUCUAAUGAUGUCUCUGACCCAGAAGGCAUAAACAGACUGCCAUAUAUCAUCCAAGAAGGCAAUGUAAGCUGUUCAAUUUGGUAUCCCGUGGCGCCAAAGGGUUAUACUGCAAUGGGUUGUGUGGUUUCUUCUGGAACAGCACCACCGCCGCUGUCGUCUUCGUUUUGCAUCUUGGCUUCUUUGGUUUCUUCUUGUCCAUUGAGGGAUUGUGUCGUGAUUGGAGCAAGCAAUGAAAACUUGCUGGCCUUGCCCUUCUGGCGUGUGGAUAAUUGUUUUGGCACAUUCUUGCCAACAGAAUCUAAUUCAAUGAAGCUAGUUGGUGGAGCAUAUGACUUGCGACAUUUUUUCUUCGGCCUAUCAGAAUUCACAGAAGAUAAUUCAAGAAGUGAUCCGCGUCAUGUUUCGGUACGUCAUGGACCCCUCCCUGCAGAGUCAGCAAUUGCAAAUUCUGCCCGGCGAUUUGAGGAUGUGGACACCUUCCAUCUGGUUUGGAGGAAUCAAGGUUCAAAUUCAGGAAAGGAAUUAUCUAUAUGGCGUCCAUUGUCUCCAUCUGGGAUGGUAUACUUUGGUGAUAUUGCUGUAAAAGGGUAUGAACGUCCAAUUACCUGUGUUGUUGCCGAAGACAUUGGUGAUGAACUUUUCCGAGAACCUUUAAGCUUCCAAAAGGUUGCGACAAUUAGGAAGCAGGGGAGAGCAGAGCCUGUCUCAUUUUGGUUGCCUCAAGCUCCGCCUGGAUAUGUUUCUUUGGGCUGUAUUGCAUGUAAAGGCUCGCCAAAGGAUCAUGAUUUUAGCUCAUUGCGAUGCAUACGGAGUGACAUGGUUACUGGAGAUCAAUUUUCUGAAGAAAGCUUGUGGGAUACUAAUGAUGCUGGGCCUAGAACGGAAUCAUUUAGCAUAUGGACAGUUGGUGGUGAGUUAGGAACUUUUCAGGUCCGGAGUGGAUAUAAAAAGCCGCCCAAAAGACUUGCAGUGCGGCUUGCACAUACAAAUGUAACAGAUGGCAAGGAAGAUACAGUCAUUGAUGCUGAAAUUACAACAUUUUCUGCUGCAUGCUUUGAUGACUUUGGUGGCUUAAUGGUCCCAUUAUUUAAUGUAUCGUUGAGCGGUAUAGGGUUCAGUUUACAUGGAAGGCCUGACUACUUAAGUUCCAAUGUCAAUUUCUCACUUUCGACGAGGUCAUACAAUGACAGGCAUGAGUCUUGGGAGCCAGUGAUAGAGGCAGCAGAUGGAUUUUUGAGGUAUCAGUAUGAUGUAAAUUCCCAUGGUGCUGCUUCACAGUUACGUCUCACUUCAACGAAAGACCUAAAUGUGAAUAUUUCUAGUUCUAAUGUUAAUAUGAUUCUCCAAGCUUAUGCAAGCUGGAAUAGCCUCAGUGAAGUCCAGGAUUCUUACAUUAGAAAAGAAAUUGUUUCAACUUAUAAGAGUACCUCGGUUGAUAGCGUGCAUCACAAAAGGAAUUAUUAUAUUAUUCCACGAAACAAACUUGGUCAGGACAUAUUUAUUCGGACUACUGAAAUCAAGGAGCUUUCAAGUGUAAUGAUGAUGCCAUCAGGGGAUGUGAAGCCUCUCAAAGUGCCCGUAUCAAAAAAUAUGCUCGACUCUCACUUAAGAGGGAGUAUUGGCCAAAAGAUUCCAACAAUGGUAACAUUGAUAAUUGCAGAAGCACAGUUCAAAAAAGUGGAUGGUCUAUCUUCUCGUCAGUAUUCUGUAGCAAUACGUCUUAGUCCUGAACCUAUGCUGUCAGAUGGUAUGGUACUGAAUCAGCAGCAAAGUGUACGUACAAGUGGGCGUCGCUCUGAAUCAUGCAGUUCUUCUGAGCUUGAAUGUGUAAAAUGGAGUGAAGUUUUCUUCUUUAAAGUCAAAUCUCCGGACAGCUACCAAUUGGAGCUUAUUAUGACCGACAUUGGAAAAGGUGAUCUAGUUGGAAUUUUCUCUGCCCCAUUGAAGCAGAUAGCAGCUUUAAAAAGUGAAUAUUCUCAUGAUGAUGGCAAUAAAUGGAAAUGGAUUAAUCUUCUUCCUCCAGACCCAAAGAUGUCGUCUGAGGGAGAGAGUUCAAAGGUAUUACAAGGAAGAUUAAGGCUUGCGGCUCUUUUGUCAUCAAAACAGGAAGUUGAGAACAGGGAUCAGUCGUCUUUUGGUGCUAAAAAACCCGGGUUCAUCCAGAUUAGUCCUAACAGGGAAGGGCCAUGGACUUCAGUGAGGUUAAAUUAUGCUGCUCCUGCAGCUUGUUGGAGAUUAGGCAAUGAUGUCGUUGCAAGCGAAGUUACUGUACAGGAUGGCAAUAGAUAUGUAAAUAUUAGAUCCCUAGUCUCUGUACGUAAUGAUACUGAUUUCACCCUUGAUCUGUGUCUGAGGGCCAAGGCCCCAUCUGAGUCCAAGAAGCCAGUGCAUGAACCAUGGACAUCCAAUAAGUCUAAUCUGAAAGAUGAAAGGGUUGAAACAGUGGAUUUUUUUGAAGUAGAGAAGUAUGUACCAGAUGUUGGUUGGAUUUGUUGCUCUGGAAAGCCUAGCAGUAAUCAAUCUGCUGGUGGAGUGCCUGAUAAGAUAUUUGAUAUGCAGAAUAUUUCUGAAGUAGAACCACCAUCUGGCUGGGAAUGGGCUGAUGAUUGGCACCUUGAUGAAGGAUCAGUGCAUACUACUGGUGGGUGGGUUUAUGCCCCAGAUCAGGAAAGUCUAAAGUGGCCAGAGUCUUAUGAUGCUGAAAAUUACGUGAAUUAUGUGAGGCAACGCAGAUGGGUAAGAAACAGGAAACAGAUAGCAAGUGAUACACAGCGACAUGUAUCCGUUGGGCUGCUUAAACCUGGUGACUCUGCUCCCCUUCCUCUUGUGUGCUUAACGCAAUCUGGACCUUAUGUUCUGCUGCUACGACCUUUAAAUUUCGGAACUCCAGAUGAAUAUGCUUGGAGUAAAGUUGUUGAAAAGCCUGUUGAGUUACAGGGUUCUCGCAAACUUCAAGAAGAACCCGAGGUUUGCAUAUCUGAUCUUGAGGAGUCUGAGAAAUUGUUGUAUUGUGAACAGAUUAGUGGAACCUCUUCCAAUGGCUCCCAUGGAACCUGGUUCUGUUUGAGUGUGCUGGCUAAAGAGAUUGCAAAAGAUAUCCGUUCAGAUCCCAUCCAGGAUUGGAGUCUUGUGAUUAAGUCCCCAUUAAAUAUUGCCAAUUAUCUUCCCUUGAGAGUUGAGUAUUCAGUUCUUGAAAUGCAAUCAAGUGGCCACUUUGUUGCACGUGCUAGAGGCAUUUUUUCUCCUGGGAAAGCUGUAAAUGUCUAUGCUGCUGAUGUUACAAAACCUUUAUUCUUGUCUCUGCUUCCACAAAAAGGGUGGCUGCCAAUGCAUGAAGCUGUUCCCAUAUCUAAUGGAGUGCCAUCCACUACUCUGGAUUUAAGAAGUUCAACAUCCGGAAGGACUGUGCAAGUGGUUCUAGAGCAGCAUCAGGGCAAAGAACAAUCAGCAGUACCAAAAGCUGUCAGAAUAUACGCACCAUAUUGGUUUGCUGUUGCCAGGUGUCCUCCUGUUACAUUUAGGCUAGUUGAUAGAACUGACAAAAAGUCAGGAAAGGUUUCCUCACCAUUGAAGUCAAGAAAUAACAAACCAGAAAUAAGUGGGCAAAUAACGGAAGAUGAAUUCCAGGAAGGUUGCACAAUUGCUUCAUCUUUGAACUUCAAAUUAGUGGGAAUACAAGCAUCUAUUUCCCAUCAUGGGGAAGAUUCUUUUGGACCCGUUAAAGAUCUUUCUCCACUUGGUGACAUGGAUGGAUCACUGGAUUUGCCAGCUUAUGAUACUGCUGGUAACUGUAUUAGACUGUUCGUCACCACCAAACCAUGCCCUUAUCAGUCUAUUCCCACAAAGGUGAUCUCCAUUAGACCAUAUAUGACUUUCACAAACAGAACAGGUGAGGAUAUAUUUGUUAAGCUAAGCAGCGAUGAUGAGCAAAAGGUCUUAAGGGCAUCGGAUUCGAGAGUGUGCUUUCUCUAUCGAGAAACUAGUGAUUAUGAUAAACUCCAGAUUCGCUUAGGGGAUACCAAAUGGUCCUUUCCUAUUGGGAUCCUUAAGGAAGACACCCUCUCCCUGGUUUUGAGAAAGGAAAGUGGUGAACGGGUAUUUGUAAGGAUGGAAGUACGGGGUUACGAGGAAGGAUCGCGUUUCAUUGUUGUUUUUCGUUUAGGCUCAAGAAGUCUCAUCAGACUUGAAAAUAGAACGAGCAAGACAAUCAGCAUUUGUCAGAGUGGAUUUGAUGAUGACCAUUCAAUUCAUUUGACGCCUUUGUCUACAACGAACUUUUCUUGGGAUGAUCCAUACGGCCACAAAACUUUAAAUGUUAGUGUGUAUACUGACAAUAGUGUGAACAUUUCAACAAUCAGCUUGGAAACUGCUGUCAUUUGUUCAGUAGAAGGGACAGGGAUGCAGUUUCAACUGGUGCACACCGGUAAUAUCACAGUCGCUCGAUUCACAGAGGAGCAGCCAUCCAGUUUGAGCGCACAUGGAGAUUCCCAGGUGAUGCAUGAAAGUGGGGAGAGUCUUCAGGUGCAAAGAAAAGUGCGAAAUAUUGCUCCAUUAUUUGAAUUUACUGUCGAGCUUGGUGUGCUUGGUCUUAGUGUUAUAGACCAUAGACCUAGAGAGCUUUCCUAUUUAUACUUGGAGAGGGUAUAUAUAGCAUAUGCAACUGGCUGUGAUGGUGGCACUACAAACAGGUUCAAGCUCAUCUUGGGUCAUUUGCAGCUUGACAAUCAGCUUCCCUUGACAGCGAUGCCUGUAUUACUAGCACCUGAGCAAACCGAGAUGCAGCAACCGGUAUUCAAAAUGAAACUUACAAUUCGAAAUGAGAACACUGAUGGCAUCCAAGUGUAUCCAGAUGUGUAUAUACAAGUAACUGAGAAGUGGUGGAGGCUAAACAUUCAUGAACCAAUUAUUUGGGCAACCAUGGAUUUUUACAACAACUUGCAGCUUGCUCGUCUUCCGCAAAACCCAAAUGUCACACAAGUUGAUCCAGAGAUACGUAUAGACCUUAUAGAUGUUUCAGAAGUUAGACUGAAAGUUGCAUUGGAGACAGCACCAGCUCAAAGACCCCAUGGCGUAUUGGGUGUUUGGAGUCCCUUAUUGUCAGCCAUUGGCAGUGCAUUUAAAAUUCAAAUUCAUUUACGGAAAGUUAUGCGCAAAGACAGAUUCAUGCGAAAGAGCGCUGUGGUUCCGGCCAUUACAAAUCGGAUCUGGAGGGACUUGAUACACAAUCCUCUGCAUUUAAUACUCUCAGUUGAUGUACUAGGCAUGACAAGAUCUACAUUAGCUUCUCUUGGCAAAGGUUUUGCGGAGCUUUCUACAGAUGGACAGUUUCUUCGAUUACGUUCAAAGCAGGUAUGGUCUAGAAGAAUCACUAGUGUAGGUGAUGGAAUUAAACAAGGAACUGAAGCUCUUGCACAAGGUGUUGCAUUUGGUGUGUCAGGAGUAGUCAGAAAACCUGUUGAGAGUGCUCGGCAGAAUGGUGUUCUUGGACUUGCGCAUGGGAUUGGGCGAGCCUUUGUGGGAUUUAUAGUCCAACCGAUGAGUGGAGCAUUGGAUUUUCUUUCGUUGACUGUUGAUGGAAUUGGUGCAAGUUGUGCCAGAUGCUUUGAUGUUUUAAACAACAGGACCUCACUCUAUAGAGUCAGAAAUCCUCGAGCUAUACACUCGGAUAGUAUUCUUCGAGAAUACGAUGAAAGAGAAGCUCUCGGACAGAUGAUUCUUUGGCUUGCAGAAGCAAGUCGUAACUUGGGAUGCACGAAAAUCUUCAAAGAACCCUCCAAAUUCGCUUGGUCUGAUUACUAUGAAGAUCAUUUUGUGUUGCCUCAUCAAAGGAUUAUAUUGGUUACAAACAAAAGGGUGAUGCUACUUCAGCUCAAAUCUUCAGAAGAUAUGGACUCAAAACCUAGCAAGAUUAUAUGGGAUGUGCCUUGGGAAGAGCUACUGGCACUUGAGUUGGCAAAAGUUGGAAGACUUCGACCUUCACAUCUGAUUCUUCAUCUGAAAACUUUCAAGAGAUCUGAGUCAUUUGCUCGGGUCAUAAAGUGCAAGCCUGAGGAAGAAUCUGAAGGUAGAGAACCACUGGCAGUUAACAUCUGCUCAACAGUGCGGAAGAUGUGGAAAGCCUGUCAGUCUGAUAUGCGAAGCUUAUCAUUAAAGGUACCUUCAAGUCAGAGACGUGUGCACUUCUCUUGGAGUGAAGCUGACAGGAGAGAUCUGCAAAACCAAACCAAAGCUAUUCUUAUGUCAAGGGAAGCAUCAUCUUCUAGUUCUGUAUCCCCUGAAAGGAGAUUUUUGGAGCACAAUGUAAACUUCCUUAAGAUUUGGAGUAGUGAACAAGAAUCUAAGGGCCGAUGCACAUUGCGCAGAAAGGCUGUUGAGGAUGAUGCUGUAUGUAGCGUCUGGAGACCAGCUUGUCCUUCUGGGUAUGUGUCUAUUGGUGACAUAGCUCAUAUUGGUGGUCAUCCACCAAGUGUCGCGGCAGUCUAUCUUUACGAUGACCAGAUUUUUGCACUCCCAAUGGGUUUUGACCUGGUAUGGAGGAAUUGUGCAGAUGAUUAUGUGACACCAGCAUCCAUAUGGCUUCCACGGGCUCCGGAGGGAUUUGUAGCCCUAGGGUGUGUGGCUGUGUCAGGGUUCAGUGAGCCUGAAGCCAAUGUUGUCCAUUGUGUGGCAGAAACAUUAGUUGAAGAGACAGCAUUUGAAGGAGAAAAGAUAUGGUCUGCGCCAGAUUCGUAUCCAUGGGCAUGCCAUUUCUAUCAGGUGCAGAGUGCUGCUCUUCAUUUUGUAGCUUUAAGACAGCCUAGGGAAGAUUCUGGAUGGAUGCCAAAGAAGGUGCGCGAGGGUUUGGUUUCUUCACCACUCUCAUCUGAGACUCACUAAAUUUCUGAAGCACUAUUGGAAUUGUUUUUCUGCUAAUAGUUUUCCGGUGUUGCCCUUUACUUGUGGUUCUGAAUUCUGAUUUUUUGAUGUGCAUAUAUUUACUUUGCCAGAGAUGCCUUAGAAAAUUUUGUCAUUGUUUUAGGUUGUGACAAAAUUUUGUACUGUAAAAUAAUUGAGAAAUUCAUGUUCAAAAGGAAAUAGACAAUCAAAUACCAUUAUCUAAAAGCUUUUAUUAGGUGUUA